UGUAUUAAUCCUUCGCCUAGCUUUGUUUUAUGUUAGCAGUGGCAGAAAGUCUGAAGAGUUAGAUCGUCGCUGUACCAUAUGGAAAGAUGGCAUUCAUUGGAUAAGUCACAACAUAGAGGUAUUAGUCCAAGUAUCCUUAGAUGAUCGUUGCAUUACAGUUCUCAUAUCUGACAAAGAUAGCCUAAUUGCACAAAAAAUGUUUGCUUCAGUAAUAUCUGAGAUACAUUCACUGAUGGAUAGGCUAAGUCCAUGUGCAACAAAGGAAUACAUUAUCAAUCCUUCUCAGUUAAAAGAAGUUAGCAGCUUAAAAAAAGAAGUUAGCAGCUUAAAAAAAGAAGAUAUGUCUCUCUUUCUACUUCAAAAUGUAGUCUCAGGCUAUGAUUUUACGGCAACAAGUGUCUGAUGAAGGUGGACAAUACGAUCAUUCAAUCGAUAUCAUUUUGGACAGUUUUGAGCCUUAUUUAUCCAUUCCACCAUUUGUAACACAGGAGCUAUUUAAUGCUGAGCUUUCCAACAAUAAAAUUCACCAAUCACGUUUGGACUGCCUACUCCUAGUCUGUCCUGAUAUAAUGAAAGGUGCUGAUUUUAAUUCUUAUAAGGAAGUAAGAGAUCACAUUCAAUCUUUUAGUAUUUUUACGGGCCACAAUGUGGUGAAUCUGGCUUUGUCUUGUGAUUCUGCAUCAUCCAAAGAAAAGAAGCAGUUAUCUGAUUUACUCACAAAGCCACUCUCUUUUGAAUUUAAAGAGAGAAAACCAUUAAAACAGGAGAUGUUAAAGUUAUUAUCUGGCGAAAUAUCUAGUAAUGAAUUGUAUACAUUUGGCAGUUAUCUCAAUUUGCCAAGUGACUUUAUGAAUAGUUUGACACAAUCAGAUGCAUUUAGUAACCAAAAAAAUUUGGCACAAGUGGUUGAAAUGUGGUUAUCAAAGUCUAAUAUUCAUUGCACUUGGAAUAAAGUGAUUGAGGCUCUUGAUGAUUUGAACAAUAGGAGAGCUAUAAAUAAAAUUAAAGCAUUCUUAGGAGAGAAUGCAGCAAAAGGUCUUAAUUGUACUGAAAUUGGUGAUGAAUCACAAGAUAAAAGUGACGACGAAUCACAAGAUGAAACUGAUAGAUCAAAGUCUCCUGAGACACAAAGCAAAAGUGCUACCAAUGUACCACUUGUAGCAUUGACUAGCACAUCACCAAUGCCCAGCACCUCCAAAGCAGAAUCAGUUUGUACUGAUGAACCAAGUAUGCCUCUUCCUAGUGACACACCUGUUAUUAAUCCUGGAACUUCUGGAAGUAAUACAAGUAUUCCUCAUUCAUCUCCACAAAAAGGAACUACAACCUCUGUUGACAUUGAUUCAUCAUGCAAAGAUAACACUUCCAGCAGAGGAGCAGCUUCUUAUUCUCAAGUUCCUUCCGUUGCUAACAAUACUUUUGUAGCACAUGAUUCCAGCUCACUGCAACAACAGCACAUCUAUACCAUGAUAGUUGUGUCUAUACAUGUAAUCACUUUUCUUAAUGGUCUGUUUGCAAAUCCGUGGCAUAAUUCAUCUAUGUCUUCUAAUACUGGCAGAGUAUCAAAUGGUGUUUUAAUGAAGUGCUCAUCACACUUGGGUCAGUUACCAAAACUUGCUGGAUAUUUAGGAAUACCUGACAGUUGUUUACAACAAAUUCAGAAUAAUUUCACAGACCCAGACAUACAAGGAUACUGUCUCUUGAAAAAGUGGAAAGAGCUCUAUCCUAAUUCAUCACUCGCUGACCUCAUUGAAGUAUUUCAAUAUUUAGGCCUUAAUGAAGCUGUUAAAGUACUUGAAGAAAAUUAAUUAUCAGUAACAAAAAUGUAUUUGUCAUAAUUAUGUUAUGUAGUCUGCAGAAACCCUAUUACACAUUUUUAUCAAGAAAACUCAGUUAUUCUUUUUUAUAAUAAGCUACUGUGCAGUCAAUCAGUGA